AGUCAGCAUUUUUUCUCAUAAUGGUCUGCUUUUUUCCAUGUUUUAGCGCUAAUAAGCAUCGAAAGCACAAGCGUUUGGCCAAUACAAAUCACUAUAGAGACCUUAGACAUGAUGAGGUUAGCGCAGUUCUUCAAGUGACUGAAUGGAUUAAGCAAGCAGAAACUAAGAAACCCAUUUCAGAAUCAAAGGAGAAGCUUGAGGAGCCAAACAGUGGUAGUACUGAAAGAGAAGUUAGUUUUGAUUUGAAUGUUAAAACUAAUGAGGAAGUUAAUGUUAAUGAUAAUUUAGUUAAAACCAGUAAGGAGAAGGAAGAGGGUGAGGAAGUUCAUGUUUUUGAUAAUUUAGUCGAAAACAAGGAGAAGGAAGGGAGUGAAAAGAGAGAGGAUCCAACAAAAGAAACCAAGUUAGAUUCUGAUUCAAGUACCCCAACUGAAAUACCUCAUGUUUCAAAUCAUAGAUACCAAAAUUGUGCAAGUAGUGAGGAUGAAAUUGAAGAUUUAGACUUGGAAGAAUGUGAAGUAGAUGAUGUUAACAGUGAUGGUGAUGACAAAAAAUUGUUUCAAGCAGAGUCAUCUGAGUCAUUGUUUUCUUUAUCAAUAGAGUCCAGGAAGCAAUUUUCUGAAGUUGAAUCAGGUGAAAAGGAGGUGAAUAGUAGUCCGAUGCCAAUUCAUUGCGCGAAUCCAGAACUCGAGGAAAUUGGAUUGAGUAAAAAUGCUAGAGAUAGGAGUCAGUUUGUUCAUUCCGUCUUGAGUCCAGUUGAAAAUCUUAGUCAAUGGAAAGUGGUAAAAGCAAGAGCAACAUCUCCUGUAUCAAAGUACCAAGAUAAGGAGAACAUCAGUUUGGUGCAAAAUCAUGAUGUCCCCACUAGUCCAGAGCCUAAUGUCAAGCUAUUAACUCACAAUGCAAAAUUGAAUUUUAAUAAUAAGGUUGUGGAACAAGAAAUUGCAGUUGAUACCAGCCUCUCAAGCUGGUUGGUUGAAUCUGAAACCACCCCGGUGUCCAAGACUAGCUCUGUUUCUGUUGGGAAUUCGCCAUCUCAGAUUGUGAAUUCAUCAAGAAGUCAUGAAGACAAACCAGUUUUAGGAGCCUUGACAGUUGAGGAGCUCAAACAAUUAUCUGGAUCUAUAACUCCACAGGAACCUGUAAUAGGGACUGUUGGGAGCUUCUGGAAACAUACAGGGAAAAUUAUAGAUUCAGACUCGGGCUCUUCUACUCGUGGAAUGCCAAAAACAAGAAGCAGAAAUAGUGAGGAUGAGAGAUUGAAGUUGCUAUCUACCCCCUUUGAAGCAAGAUUGGAGAAAGCUUUGGAAAUUGGUGUUGCUGAAGUUUAGCUUGAUUUCUAAUGGAGUAUGAGAUGGUUUAGCAUGGGAGAAGUGUUUUGGUAGUAUUAUGAUCCUAUUGUUAAUUGUCUUGUAAAUAUAUUGGCGGUUUUAUCUAGUUUGUGAUGCAACUGUUAAACUUAUGUUGGCUUUUAUACAUGGUUAGCAAGAAUAAA